GUAAUAUGAACGCGAAAUUCAAUUAUAAUCGAACGGAUGUGGCUUUUGCGCCAACUGUCAUAAAAUAAUAAAAACUGAAUUACCCGUCUGUUCUGGUAAAAUCACGAUGCCUGGUUAUCGAAAACAACCGACGCGAACAUCUCGACUUUCAACACUUGCAUAUUCAGCAGUUACAUUUUAACAAUAUUUUAGAAAUCGGUACAGAUUGAGGUUAUAAAUUUAUAAAACAAAAAUAUUUUGUGUAUCAUUAUGAGGAGGUUGCAAUUUUGAAUUUGAAAACAUUCCAUCAAUAGUUUCAUUACGUUGUUUUAGCUAUCGACGUCAAGAAGAAAAAUAACUUUUUGCGAAGUCGGUCAAACUUUUCCGAGAAAAUUUUGACAGAUACGCAGAUAUUUAAAGCAACACCUUCUGAGAUAUCUAAAAUAAACAGACGUAACAUCGCUACAUCCUGCUGGCUGAACAUAGUUAUAGCAGCGUUUUGUAUAACAAUUAACUUUCUUAGAAAAUAUUCGUGCCGCAACUGAAACGAUGUUAUUUAGUUGAUACGUAGGUUGUGCGUCUGCACAACAAACAACACAUUACUCGUGGGACACCUAGAUUGACGCUUGCUGCUUUUUAAGUAAAAUGUUCGAUCGCGAUCGCCAAGAUGAUGUUGAGAUAAACAAUGUUCCGAUAAAUGAAGAUGUACAAGCCACAGAGACAGCAGGGAAGGGAGAAAACGAAGAAAACCGUUACAGUGUGCGGAAAAUAAGCACAACAGGAAGGCCAUGGUGGCUUACAUUGGUCUUUGCUGCAGUUCUGGCAGCUGCGGGAAUCCCCCUGUGCGUCAUGGGAGGGGCAGGGGGCGUGUCAAGGAACAACGUCGAGCCUAAGUUUGCAACUGGUUUAUGCCUUCUUUUAGUGGCGUUUGGGAUGUUGGGCGUUGGUGGUGUUAUGUGGCUCUUUGGUCUGAGGAGAACAGGAGAGACAAAGCAUGACGAGGAGGCAAUCUCCGAAAACACGGACGUGCAGGAAGUUAAUGAAGUUUCAAAUCCGUGGCAAAAUCGACGACAAACUAGACAACAGAGCGCUCCAUCUAUUUUCAUUAAUGCGGUGCAUGAUUUGCCUGGAAAUAAUAAGCAGAGAAAAGCAGCACAGCGAAGUGCAAGCGCAGUAGGAAUGAUUGGAAAGGCGGCACUCAGUGCAAGCAAAGGUGACUACGCCAAAACCGCAUCAAAUCUGCUCGGUGCCGCCAAGUCUCUUAGCGCAUCAGGAAAACAAGAUCAGAAAAGGAUUUCUGACGUAGAUACAAUAUCAAGUUUCGUGGAUGAAAUUUCCACUGCGGGGUCGGUUGGAACGAGUAACGGUGAUCAGCAUGACCACGGAAGAGGGUACGGCCCUGAGCCUGGUCGGGCAAUAUCGAACAAAACAUUGAUCGGCCAUUUGAAGACCUCGGCAACUAACCUUGUCAAUGGAGAUUACGCUAAUUCUGCAGCAAGUUUGUUAAACGCAGCGAAAGAGAUGCCAUCUUCAAGUAUUGUUUCCAACCUUGUUAGCGACAAAAAUCAAUCGAUCAGUCUUGUAUCUGGACUUGCCAGCUCGUUUAACAGUGAGGCGACAGAAGAAAAAGACACAUCAGUUCCGGAAAAGGUAGAAGGGGAAAAUAAUCUUAACAGUGAAAACAUUUUCCUGGGAGGGACAAUACUGCAAUCCUUAGCAGUAAAGACUGGCCUGGCAAAUGAAAGUCAUUGUGAAGUAUUGCGGAACCUCGCUCUGCCUACUAAUCGUGCUGAAAGUGAGGAAUUAUUUCCAUACAAAACAACAGGCCGUAGUGGGAGAAGAAAACCCCUCGAUAAGUUCGAAGAUGCGAGCAUUAGCAAACCUGAAACAGCAAGCACCAUGAGCUCGUUUAACCCCACCUCUGGAACAAGAAAGAAACGGCAGACUUCAGUUGCUGAUCUUGAAGAAGCACUGAAUGGACUGGACUACUGGGCAACAGAACUUGAUAAAACUCCGGCACGCCGUUCUGUGAAGAGAUCUCACAGUACAUUCGCGGGAACUUCGUUGAAGGAUUACAAGCCGAAGUGGUCGAGACAUCGCGGGACAGUUUCGCUUGCUCGCCACAAUUCAACGCUCCCUACAGUAUUUAGAUCACAAGCAACCGAAGAUUAAUCGGAACUAUACCAAGACUGCUGUACAAACAUUUUUAUAUUGUUAAGUACUUUUAAUUUUACGUAUAAACAAAGUUGAAAUUGUCAUACAAAUCAACUUUUGCAGACGAGCAGCAUCAGCAGGUUAUUUAAUAUAAAGUGCAAAAGUUUUUGCGUAAAUGUUUAGAUUAGUUCGAUGAACCUGAUGCUCUCAGUCGAAGCCGUUCAGCCAGAGUCAUAAACACUGGACUGGGGGGCGACUUCGGUGGCAAUAUACACGGGGUAACGGGUGACGCCGAAACUUGACUUUUGGCAGGGGAGGGUUUGGUCACGUUAGACACAGUGCUAGUAGGCUGUAAUGGCGACCUUGAGAAAAGAUCAAAACUGUCGUCUACACUGUGCGGAUUUGUCGCUUUACAGGGUGUGUGUAAACCACCUAGAGAGAAAUUAAUGUCAAAGGAUUCGUCUGGAAAAGUAAGUUCGCAGGUUUUGGUCGCCGUCUCUGUUUCUCUUGCAUUGGUAAGGUCUCUGAAUGGGAGUGUCUGUUGGCUAACUGAGACUGGAGACGCCACUGGUUCACUUUCAUCGCUUGUAAUUUUGAAAGACGCCACAGAUUCGAUUAAGUGCAACACAUCAAGGUCUAAAACAAUAGACCGUUAGUGGCACACGAAAAAAAAA